AUGUACUCUCUUCUCUCCCUCCUCCUUGCAACAGCCCUCUACCUCACCCCCACUACAGCAGCAACAUGGUACUUCCUGCGCUACAACCUCCCCUCCUCGCAAUCCUUCCUCUCCUUCUCCGGCACCAUGGUCAUCCCCAAACUCCCCAAGGCAGGUGUCUACUACCUCUGGCCCGGGCUCCAACCCACUGAUAACAGCGGGGUGUACCAAAAUGUGCUCGAUGGACGUAGCGGCACUUGGUGGAUUGGAUCGGGGUGGUGUUGCUCGAACCCCAGCUUGCCGUGGGGCAGCGGGUUUAAUGUGAAUGCAGGGGACACAGUAACAUUUAGUAAUACGAGAGGGAGUGGAGCGUGGACGAGUGUAUUGAAGAAGGGGAGUUCAGGGGGGAGUGUGCAGGACAGCUUUGCGCUGAGUUCGAAGACAUUCAACCAAGUCCUUUUCGCGAUCGAACUGACGAGCGUGUCUUGGGACUUUGGCCCUCUGGUCUUCAACAACGUGGUCAUUACUUCCUCCGGUACAGACACAAAAUGGUGCACAAACGCGCCGGAGAACUACAACAGCGCAACCAACUACGCCGUCUCUGGUGUAUCCGCCUCUGUUAGCAACAAUGUCGUCACUUGUAAGAUAAAUAGCGUUACGUUGCAGAGUCCAAAGAAAUAA